AUGAAGAACUGUUGGUUUUUCGACAACAAUUUUAACGGUGUGUCGGAUGAGAUUCUUGGUGAUGUUGUUGAGUUUUUUGAUUUCCCACUUGAUGAUGAUGUGGAAACUGAUGUUGUGGAACAAGAUUGGAAUGAUCAGUUCAAACACAUUGAGGAGCCAUCUCUUGGUGUUUUCUCAGUACCAUCGUUUGAUUUGUGCGGCGAAACUCAAAAUGAGAAACCGAAUCUUGUCAACAGUUUCUCUGCUUCUGAACUUUCGCAUAUUAACAGAAGAAAUAUUGUUAAUUCGGGCUUAAAAGAACAACGAGGACUACUUCCGAAGACUGCUGGAGCUAAAUAUGGCAAAACUAUUCCAAUCCAAAACUUCUCUUUCAAGGGAACAAAUUUGCUCCAAUGCCAAACCUACAGCCCAGUUUCAGUUUUUGAAAGCAGUAGUUAUUCUUCAGUCGAGAACUCCAACUUUGAGUUACCAGUGAUCCCGGCAAAGCGUCCUCGCAGUAAACGUCGGCGUCUCUCAAGCUUCAACAAGCUCUUCUUAAUUCCCUUCAUACCUCUUCAAAAACAUCAAUCCAUAACACAGCGUGCUGGUAAGCCAAGAAAAAAGGAUAUCUCGCAGUGCAGAGUCCAAAGAAAGCCAAAGAAAAAGGAUAUCUCCCAACCCUCCGAUGGUAUUAAGAUGAAGAGAUCCACAUCACAGGAAUCAGUUACCCCCAGAAAAUGUACGCAUUGCGAGGUGACAGAGACGCCGCAAUGGAGAGAGGGCCCUAAAGGUCCGAAGACCCUAUGCAACGCGUGUGGAGUUCGAUACAGGUCCGGCCGCCUCUUUCCUGAAUACAGGCCUGCAGCUAGCCCAACCUUUGAAGCAUCAAUGCACUCAAAUUCUCACAAGAAGGUUAUAGAAAUCAGGAACAAGGUGAACAAAGAGACGGAUAAAGGUUCUUCUAUUAUGUAUUUAUCACCAAACCUUUCAGGAAAUUCUCUAGGAUAA